AUGUUCUGGUCGGGGACUCGGUACUCUCUUCUGAGUUCAGGUUCUGGCUCAGGUGCAGAUUCUGGCACCAGGUCUCGGUUUCUGCACCUUGUCCACCAGUUCCAACGUCAUGUUCUCCGCAAGCGUGUGGUCCUGGGCACAUCAAUAUUCGUUUUCUUCGCUGUAAUUAUAUCCUGUUUCCCAUAUCAUAGAAAAUCACAACUUUUCGUCCCCUCAGAAGCUCUGCGGACACCAAAAAUCAAUGGAUUCGAGAUUCCGGACGCACCCUUACGUCUUGUCAUUCCAGCAACCACAUCAAAUCCGAAUUUGUGCAAGGCAAUUCUCUCCUCAACUAUUCUCAACUUCACAGCGCCAACCAUCGUCAAUUGGGGCCAAGGACUCCAUCGGGAUAACUGGGAGACCAAUGCAAGUCACAUAAAUAAGAUAACUGGAACACUUGCCUACCUAGAUGCUCUCAAACAGGAGCAUGACCACGAACUCGUCCUCAUCGCUGAUGGCUUUGAUAGCUGGUUCCAAUUUGGACCCGAAGUUAUCAAGAGUCGCUAUGCCAAGAUCACCAAGUCGUUGCACGAACGCACCAAAGCCAUGAUCGGAGAGCUUACCUUCAGAGCCGAAGGCCUCACUCAAAGUAUCGUCUUCUCUGCGCAAAAAGAUUGUGGGCCCAACAUGAGGCUCGAUGAUAUCGGCUGCUAUGGGCAGAUCGAGUCGCCUCUAUCGAAAGACUUAUACGGACCUGAUACAGAUGUACUGGACCCAAAAAUGCAUUUGCCUUUGCAUUUCCGUCCUCACUUCCUGUGCUCGGGGGUCAUAAUCGGGACAGUGCAGGACCUGAGGAAGAUGUUCGUCCGCGCGACAGAAAAGAUCGAUACGAUGCCACACAGAGGCAGUGAUCAAGACAUUUUCAACCAGAUCUACGGUGAACAGAACUACCAGCGCGAAGUCAUGAGACUGCGGCACCGUACACUGUGGGAGGAGAUUCGGGAUGAUAUCCUGAAAGUUAUGGGCAGACAUCGACCAUCAAUCACGGACCCACAUCCGACAAGAAAGCCGAUGGAAAGCCAUGACGGAGCGCCGCUUGACUUUGGGAUCGGUCUAGACUACGGGCAAGAGAUUUCGCAUUCAACCGUACUUUCCGAAUGGGAUAGUCGUUGGCUUACGAUGGCUAACGUCAAAGACGCCCAUGACCAGCAGAGAAACACUGACCAGAGGGUCAAAAGGGUGCCAGGAGACGUUCUUGAAGGGCCACCACCAUUCAUAGGACUUCCAGGUAAUGUUGGAAAGAGCCACGGAAAGAUAACCUCGAAAUGGAACGAGCUCUCGCUGUAUUCACAUCUGUAUACGGGGUCUAUGCCUGCGAUCAUUCAUAUGAAUGGACUCAAGAGUAUGCGAGAAACCUCCUGGGACAAAAUGUGGUAUCAUGAAGAGAGGAGGAAUAUGUUGAGUGCCAUGACGAGAGAUGUGGGGGCGUGGACGGUCUCUGGAGAAUGGCUAUCUUGGGAUGAAUUGUGUAGAGGGACAGAGGACGAGGUAUUUAGAGACUCUCUGGGGCCUUGGAAGAAGGAAGCCAGGAAAGAGGACGAGAAGGUGGAGAGAAGAGGAACGAGAAAGAAACCGAGGGGGUAG